CGAGUAGCAAAAUCCGGUCCCAUCGUGUGUGGGACAAGAGUUGGCCGCAAAAUACAUAACAUGAUGACUUACAAAAUGCCAUCAGAUGCAAUCAGAUCUGUAUUGAAACAAUACCGAUGUCUUUCACACUCUCCGAAGCUCAAGGUUUUGCCUCCCAUAGGACUAUUGAUACCAAGUCUAGUUUCUUGUCGUUCUAUUUGCUGUGCAAUUCAUGUUAAGCAAGGGCACACGCAGAGCUAUUCAGUCUCGACAUGGGGCUAUGCCAGUCAACAGCGUCAAGAGACCAGAUUCAUUCACUUGCGAAGUGCUCGGGCUUCAUCACAGCUAGCUCGAGCGAUCGCCUCACGCCCUGGCACAUCUGCAGAGACAUAUGUUGCAUAUGGUCUGACUCAGAAGCUUUUCGAGGUCUGUUCUAGUCAAGCAGACUACACCAUACCGCAGUUGGAUAAGAAGGGAGGACAAGUUCCCAAGACCGAUGCUGGAGAGGAUCUUGGUGUAGGCCAAGGAUGGUGGUAUAAAGAAUUGGGGCUCUUGCCUACAUUCUCAACAUGGUCGCAAGUCACUUUCCUGCACAUGUACUUACUGACAGCCCGGCUACGUGCUCUGCCAUCGCCCGAAAGCCUCCAGACUUACUCACAGCAUUUGAUUGACCAUUUCUCGCACGACGCCGAGCAUCGCAUGGAUGUACUUCAUGGCUUGACAAGCCGUGCUAUCCGAAAUAAAUUUCUCAAGGACCUAUUUAUCCAGUGGCGUGGUGCGUUGGCUGCUUACGAUGAGGGUGUCAUUAAAGGCGAUGCUGUACUUGGAGCUGCGAUUUGGAGGAACUUAUGGAAAGCCAGUCAUACUGCACCCGACGGCGAAGACAUGGACUGGACUAAGGUUGCCCUUGUUGUUGCAUAUAUGCGACGGGUCCUGCAUGAUCUUUCUCAUGUCAAUGAGGCAGAUUUAGCACUUCGAUUAGGGCGCAAUGAUGGAGGGCGGCCUAGUAUCUUCUCAGUCUCUCAGGCAGAGAAGAAACUGGUCUACGGAUAAAAAUGGGUUUGUUGAGGCUGUUUUCCAAGGAAUAAAAAUG